GAAUCGGCUCCCGGGCGCGAAGGGGCGGGGAGGAAAAGACAACUUCGUUACGCUUCGAGAAAGGGGCGGGGCCUGCAACGUCGUACUGAACGAGGGGACGCAACGGAGGCAGGCCGGAGCUGCUGCCGUCGCCAUGACCCGCGGUAACCAGCGCGAGCUCGCCCGCCAGAAGAAUAUGAAAAAGCAGAGCGACUCGGUUAAGGGAAAGCGCCGAGAUGACGGGCUUUCUGCUGCUGCCCGCAAGCAGAGUGCCCCAUCAUCUCUACCCCCAGGGACUCGGAGAUCAUGCAGCAGAAGCAGAAAAAGGCAAACGAGAAGAAGGAGGAACCCAAGUAGCUUUGUGGCUUCGUGUCCAACCCUCUUGCCCUUCGCCUGUGUGCCUGGAGCCAGUCCUACCACGCUCGCGUUUUCUCCUGUAGUGCUCACAGGUCCCAGCACCGAUGGCAUUCCCUUUGCCCUGAGUCUGCAGCGAGUCCCUUUUGUGCUUCCUUCCCCUCAGACCCUGAACAUCAUCCUACGGAUGGAGUUGAGGUCCUAAGAAGGAAGGCUGCAAGACCUAAAUUUAUGCCCCUCUUCCUCAUUCUUCCUCAGUUUUGCCUGCUUGGAAGUUGGCCCAGAUCCUGCUGCUCACUGACUUCCCAUGGGCAGAGCCAAGUAAGUCUUCAGUCCCUGUUGGUCUUUCCCUGCCCCCAUCUCCACCAUGAGAGCCAGGAAGGAGCUGGCGCCGCACUGUCUGCUGGUUCCUGAGCUGCUGACUUGGGAGUCAGGCUCUUGAGCUGGGGUGAAGACGUAACGGUAGCUCCAGCGUGUCAGAUACUCUGCCCAGGGCAUUAGGGUUUUCAGAAGAGUGUCCCAGGCCCGCCUCCAUCCUACCUGAACCAGUUGGUGAGGGUAACCAUGACAUAGAGUGAUGCAAGGAAGAAGACGAAGUGGAAGGCAGAAUAGCUAUAGGAAAGCUGCUGGGCUUGCACUGGAGGAGCUGGAGCGGUCUCUUGGUUAGCUGGCCUGGCAGCCCCACCUGUUUGCCCUGGAGAGAGGAAAGGACUGCUGGCAGCAGUGCUGCUGAAACACCUCUUCCCUCCUCCCCCAUCUUUUGUGAAGGCACUUGAGGGCUCUUUGGCACUCUGCGGAAAUCUACACUUAUGGAUCCUCACUUGACACUCACCUUCCUCUGGCUGCACUGUUUCAGGGCAGCAGAAACACAGUGAGGGCUUUUGUAAAACAAAAGGCAGCAUGUUUUGGAAUGACUUUAGAAAGAAUGUCUGGGUAACAGUAUAGGAAACUCCUCUUUGAAAAGAUUGGUGUGGUGUAAAAAGUGGAGGCACACCUGGGUUCAAAUUCUAGCUUCAGUAUAUAACUGGCUAUGGGAACUUUGGUAAGAUGUUUAACCUUCUGUGCCUCAAUUUCUCCAUUUGUAAAAUGGAGCAAAUACCUACCUCACAGGGUUGUUGUGAGGAUUAAAUUAAAUGAGAUUAUGUAUGUAAAGUAUCUAGCACAGUGCCUAGCACAUUGUGGGUACUCAAUAAAAGGUAAUAGCAGCUAGAAUCUGAGCAUUCUGGGUAGA